AUGGACCAGCCAAUCAUGGCCAUCGCCUCCGCCGCAAAACCAAGCCGGAAGUCAUCUUUUGAAAGAGAAGGAUGGUGGAGAAUAGCAUUAACAAACACUCCUAAUCCUGGCACUUACCACUUGAAAACUUUUAUUGAAGAAUCUCUAUUAAAUCCAGUGAUAGCAACAUACAGUUUUAAAAAUGAAGGAAGGAAAAAACCACCUCUUCUGCAAAGAAACGAUCUGGUACUAAAUGACCUUCCCCAGUACAUGCCUCCUGACUUCUUGGACUUGUUAAAGAAGCAAGUGGCCACCUACUCGUUUAAAGACAAACCACGGUCAAACCUCAGCACGCUGGUUUACAGAGAUCAGUCAAUUCAGCUUUCGCCAGGACAAUACGAGCUACUUCCUGCACCAGUUCCCAAGCAUGCUUCCAGGAGCUUUGUAUUUCGUUCUACAGUUCAAAGGUUUCCAACAGGCUGCUUCACUCCUCGUGAAGGCCCAGGACCAGGUCAUUAUAACUUGAAAAUACCUUCAGUAAGUUCUGUUACUUCCUGUUUUCAAUCCAGAGUACCUCGAUUCUUGCCUGCCUGUUCAAAAACGCCAGGCCCAGGAGCAUACACAUCUUCAGCCCAAUUCCCCAAGCAGCCCCGGACCAUAGCCAAAAUGGGCCGAGAACAUAGCCUUUUCUUCAACAACACAAUUGGCUUUUAAAAUAAACCCAUC